AUGAAAAUUAUUGUAGUGUAUAUUAUUGUUCAAGUAACUUAUAUAUCAUCAGCUUGGCUGCCAUUACCGGAAGGUUUAAGAUGUCCACCAAACGAACAUAAAGGAUGUGCUCCAUGUCCUUGUUGGGAACCAACUUGCCAAGAUAGAAAUCCAGAAUGUCCGAAUAGAGGAGUCUGUGCACCGAUUUGUAUUCCGAAAUGUAGAUGCAAUGAAUCAUUCAUUAGAAGUAACUCAACUGGACAUUGCAUACCAAUUGAUCAAUGCACUUAUUAA